GGUGUUUAAUCGAGUAAAGUCUUAGUGAAAAUAAUCAAACAACAAGAUGAAAAUCUCGCUGAUUGUGUGCGUUUUGUUUUCUCUUGCUGCGGUUGUGCUUGGUUCGCCAUUGGCUACUGGUUGUACUUACCUUGGGAUGCACAUUGAGGAGGGGCAUACCUUCCAGGGUUCUUCCUGCGAUAGUUGUCACUGUUCUGGUGGUCAAGUCCAUUGUUAUAUGAUCAGCUGUGGUUACCAUCCAUGUGCACCUGGUGAAGUUUCAAGUCCUUGCUGCGGCUGUUUUCCAUUUUUAGGCAAGUAAGAACAUCUUUACAUACAAUACUAAAACCAAGUGGAACAGCCACAAGCUUUGCAGUUGCUAAUACAAGA